AUGUCGAUUGCUUUGGAUCACGAUUACUGCUUAAUGGAGCCAUCUGGCAACGAUUCCAAGACCGAGAUUUUGUCGUGCCUAGCCACAACGAAGCCACGAAACAAGAGGAAAGAAGCAAUUUGUCCCAGAGAAGAUCCUGACGGAGAGAUUUCGUCCAUUGAUGAAUCCAUAAAUUUGGAAGCAUUACCUAGUUCUUCAUCUCCUGCCCAUAGUUCGGAUAGUGGAUUAGACGUUGGAAUUGAGGAUUUCCUGACCGAUUUUGCUUCAUCGUGGGCCGACGAAGACUUUGGAUUAAACGACCACGAUAUCAGAGAUUUAGAGGAACUCUUGAACUUUAACGAACAAUCAAAUAAAGCGCCUUCUACAAAACCCUGCUUUACGAGUCUUCCAGUGAAUGAGAAUCUUGGGAAAAGGCAGCAAAUUCCUCAAGAAAAAGUGGAAGACCAACAAGCCAUCGUCGAGAGAAACAGAAAGAACGCCAUUGCUGCCAAGGAGAACAGAGAAAAGAAAAAGAAGUACGUCGAAGGGCUUGAAAACACAGUCACUGAUUUGAAAGAGGAGAAUAAGACUCUUAAAGCCAAAAACGAAAGCUUGACGUCUAUUAUGAAGAAGCUGGCGGAUGAGGUGAAAUAUUUACGAAAUGUUCUCGCUAAUGAGAGCACAAUUUCACUAUUGCUGAAGAGCGUGGCGGCUACACCUGGAAUUUCGUUAUCUUCGUCGCUUGUGCAGUCGACGCAAAGUCAAGAUACCGUAAAGGAAAGCGACACAAAAGAGGAAGAGGGGCACUAUGUGACCAGAAGUAGGAAGAGGCGGUCUGACGAGGGUGUGGAAGAUGCCCCCAGCAAGAGAAAACGGUCAAAUUCUUCUGGUGGUGUGUGUCUCCAUGUGCGCGGUGGCAAAGUGUCCUUGGAAUUAUGUUCAAAGUGUGAGAGGAAAGCAAUGGAGAGAGGAGUUCUGUAAAUGAAACAAAAUGUCGGUAUCACAAAGUAUAGGCCAAGUAUAUUAUCACUACUUUGUCAAACUGAAGUGUUUCAGCUGCGGAACAACAUAUAAACAGGGAAAGAACCCUUAAGGUUAUGAGUUCCUGUUAUCCAAGACAGAAAACUAUCUAAAAAAAGACGAAAGGAAAACAAAAAAAGAAAAGGCCUACUUCAGUGUAGGCUGAAUGAAAUAGUUUUGUUACUUUUGAGCAGCACGCACUCGUCGUCUUUCUUUCUUUUUCAGGUGCCACCAAACAAGGUUGGAUCUAAGCCACAAGUUGAACUGAACACAUCACAACAGACUUCGUGAACUAAAUGGUAAAGUAUCAGCCUCCUAGGAUUUAAAAGUCUGACCUUUGAAAGUUUACACAAGUGUUAUUAGCCGAAAGAGUUUGGGGUUUGCAGCUUAGAAUCUAUUAGACCCUCAACAAAUUUCAAAUUAUACUCCAUUGUUCCUUGACACUCAAUAAUGAGAGCCGUUUUGCAUUUUAAAUGUGUUUUGGUGGAAUCAAUGUUUUCUGUAUAAAAUACAUCUGCAUCACCUCCUUAAAUCUCUGGAAUUAUUUGAAGGAUCCAAAAGACUAUUAAGAUUUGUAACUCUGAUUUUCAUCAUUUUCAUCACCAACCUAAAAUUUGUAAAAAGAUAUUUAUAAAUGUUAGUAAGCACUUGUGAGGGCUUACUUAUGAGAGUUGGGUUUUAAAUACAAAGUUGUUUUGAGUGUGCAAACCUAUGAUCUUUCUAAGCUGUAUUCCCAAUUAUUUUCAUGAGCCAUUGAAAGAAACUUGCUAAGAGGAUGGCAUAAUCUGUUUUCCCAAUUUUCUAACUUUAUUUUUUCUUGGCUAAUUGAAAUAGCUUUUAAGGAUUAAACUGAGUUAUAUGAAACAAGCUUGCUAUACCAUCAUUUACAAACAUAAAAAAAAAAACUUGUCUAAACACUCAAAGGUCAGGCUUUAGUUCAUCAUUCUGGAAGACAAUGUAACUGACAAACACUGGUUUUUCCUUUCAUGCUUCUUAAAGCUGCAUCCUCUACACUAUGGAGUGCUCUUCUGGACUACUGUUUGUAGGUAAUAAUAUUUGAAAUAAGUAACUAAAUGACUGCAGACAACACUACAAAGAAGGAUUCCAAGAGAAUGAAGUCGGGAAUCAUUUUUGAUUAGCUUUUAAAGUUGAAGAACCAGCAGUUAAUCCUUAG